AUGUUUAACAAACUGUCGAAACAAUUCGUCCGCAAUGUCUGGACAGUGAGUCCACUGACGGCUGAAUUCAAUCGUUUGAAUCCAAAGACACAUUCGUUUCCGCGAUUCUUCGAACAGAAGACCGGUUUGUUUGGCCAUCAGUUGCUGUCAGAGCCGUCGGGUUUCUAUCUGUUCCGCGAGAACGCGAUCGUAGAGUCGGACCGACUCGUCAAAGAGGCGCUCAGUCCUCAUCGGCAGAGAAAAAUGGUGGAAGUGUUCGAUCAGUUGUCCAAUUGUUUGUGUAAAGUGGCCGAUAUGGCAGAGUUUGUCCGCAUCGGUCACCCGUCCCAACGGUUUGGACACUCGGCCGAAGAGGCGUCGAUCACUAUCAGCACUGAAGUGGAGAGACUCAACACAAACAAACCCCUAUACGAAGCUCUUCGGGAAGUGUCGGAAAAGGGCGACCGAUUGGCCACUAAUGAGUUGGACGAGUAUGUGAUGAAACUGUUUCUCUUCGACUUCGAACAAAGCGGUAUUCACAUGAAUGAAGACAAACGAAGACUUGUUCUUCAACUCAAUCAACACAUUCUACACGUCGGCUCCUAUUUCAUGAGUACUGCCUCUCAGUCCAGAUCUGUUCCCAAAUCUAAACUUCCCGAAGAAGUGCGCAACUGUUUCCAUACAGAAGGCGAUCAUUUAGUGAUCAAUGGUUUAUUCAAUGAUUCGGACAAUGAUUUGGUCCGAGAAGCGGCUUAUCGUGUGUUCUUAUAUCCGGACGAACAUCAGGAAAGUCUUUUGCAAGAAUUACUUCUGUCUCGACUCAAAUUGGCCCAAAUCUGCGGAUUUGACUCAUAUUCUCAAAGAGCAGUCAAUGGAAGUAUAGCUAAUAAUCCGCAAACUGUUUGGGAACUAAUCAAUUGCAUAACCGAUCGGUUAAGACCUUUCGCAGAGCAGGACUUCGAGGCGAUGCUUAAAUUGAAGGUUUCGAACAACAAAUACGCCAAAAGUGUAAAGUUAUGGGACAUUCCCUUCUUUACGAAUCUGUUUAAACAAACAAAGUUUAGUCAAGACAUUAGUUUUUGUGCCCCAUAUUUCUCGUUGGGUUCGUGUAUGGAUGGACUCAACACUAUAUUCAACUCUCUAUUCAACACAAAACUAGAAGUGAGUGAACAAUUGGUGGGCGAGUGUUGGCACCGGGAUGUCAUCAAAUUAUCGGUCAUCGAUUGCAACACAAACACAAUAUUGGGUUAUAUUUAUUGCGAUUUCUUUGAGCGCUCCUCAAAGCCACACAACGAUUGCCACUUCACUAUUCAGGGCGGAUGUCAUUUGCCCGACGGCUCCUAUCAGUUGCCAAUAGUUGUCCUAUCGUUAAGUCUACCGAAUCCGAGCCCAACGGCGCCUUCAUUGUUGUCGCCACAUAUGGUGGACAACCUGUUCCACGAAAUGGGUCACGCAAUGCACUCAAUGCUCGCCCGCACGCCUUACCAACACAUCACUGGCACCCGUUGUUCGACUGAUUUGGCCGAAGUUCCCUCCAUUUUGAUGGAGUUCUUCGCUUCCGACCGACGAGUUAUACAGACGUUUGCGAAGCACUUUCAAAGCGGACAACAAAUACCUGAAUCUUUACUCGACGUAUGGCUGGCCUCGAAACAGGUGUUUAUGGCCAGUGAUCUGCAAUCGCAAACAUUUUAUUCGGCAUUAGACCAGACAUACCACAGCUCUCAGCCGUUCAAUGGCCUGAAAAAUACGACCGAAGUAUUGGCACAAAUACAGAGUCAUUACUAUAGUGUGCCGGCGGUGCCCAACACGGCCUGGCAGUUGAGGUUCGGCCACUUAGUCGGUUACGGCGCUAAAUACUACUCAUAUCUGGUGUCGAAAUCAGUUGCGGCCAGUAUUUGGCAGAAACUGUUUCAAAACGAUCCGUUCUCUUCAUCCGCGGGACAGCUCUAUAAAGAGCAGGUGUUAGCACAUGGAGGAGGGAAACCACCCAAACUCAUCGUCCAGAAUGUCUUAAACGAUACCAUUUCUGCCAAAUCUCUGGCCGAUUCUCUCAUCGAUAAUGUGUUGCAAUCGUACGACAGAAACAGUCAAUCAAAUUGA